AUGUCCACACCAUCUUUGUCCCGCUCUGUGGGGAAUGUGGAGAGGUGGUUAUGUGGGUUGUCGAGCUUUAGCAGCAGAGGCACUUACAUCACCGAGAAGAGCAGCAGAGGCACUUACAUCAUCGAGAAGAGGAGCAGUGACAACAGAUCUGAGAGCCAACAUGAACAGGUCAGUCACGGAAACAGGACUUUGUCCAGAUCCGACAGCCUUAACAGGAGUUUGUCCAGAUCCAACAGCUUCCAAGAGUUGAUGUGUCCUCCACUGCCUGGUCAAGUUCCCGUCGAGCCAACCGGCACUUCUAAUGUCCCGACUGCGACUGCUCAGGGUGCCAUGGAGGCUUCACCUGUGAACAAGAGCUCAACAGAAAAACCUACAAAACGUAAGAAGUUGGAAAGAAUUUGUUCGCUCUUCAGGAACGUGUGGACGGCUAUAAAGAGUCCGUUCCUCUGCUGUUCUGACAGUAAAGCUGUGGAUGUUGUGGAGCCUUUCGUUCCUCCACUAGAUCUGGACUCAGAGCCUGAUUCUGAUCCAGAUCACUCCGGUGUCGAGCCACAUCAUGACUCCUUCGAGUCUCUCUAUAACGCGGGAGAGAUGAUUGGAUCCGGAGGAUUCGGAAGAGUCUUCAAAGGAACACGGAAAUUUGAUGGCAAAAAGGUUGCCAUCAAGCGGAUGCGCAAGACUUGCAACGAUCUUUAUCUUGCUAUUCCUGGGCGUCCCGAACCUCUCAUUACAGAAGUGGCUCUGCUGCUAAUGAUGAGGCAAGAACCCAUAAGCCCCUACGCCAUACAACUACACGAUUGGUUUGAACACCCUCGAAAAUUCACCCUGGUGAUGGAGUAUCCCGAACCCUGCGAGAGCUUGCUGGACUUCAUCAUUCGUAAUCCUCAACUGGACGAAACAACAGCACGGGUCAUCAUGCGACAGGCUGUGCUGGCAGUGCAACACUGCAUUGAGCAUGACGUUUUUCACAAUGAUAUUCAUGCGCACAAUUUCCUGUUGAAGAAAGACACGUUAGAGCUCAAGCUGAUAGACUUUGGCUCUGGACAGCUACUUAGUAGUGAUGGCUAUGACAGCGACAUUUACAUUGGACUCCUGGAUUACUGCCCACCUGAAGUCUUCACAGAACCUCGAUUUCACGCCGUCCCAGCAAAUGUCUGGUCUCUAGGAGUGUUGCUGUACGAGAUGGUGAAUGCAUGUCCUCCUUUUCACAAUCCAACGGAAAUCAAAGAAGCCAAAGUUACAUUUCAGAACGCCAACUUAUCCAACGAAUGCAGUGAUCUGAUUAUCCAGUGCCUAACCCUGGAUCCAACUAAACGCCCGACGUUAGAGCAGAUCUUACAACAUAGAUGGAUUAGAAAUGAUCUACUGUAGAAUGGAGAAGUUCAGGAGAUUCACUCGAUCAGUGAU